UUUCAUGCAUAUUAGACCCAAAGUCACCUAGCGUAACACGUCUUUCGGGUAGUUGACUAUACAUAAAUUUGGGAUCGUCAUAACUAUCUGUAUCACGUUAUCAAUACGUAAGAUUAGGGCCGAGUUCAUACCGGUUGGUCUCAAAAGUAGGACAAGUCCACAAAACCAUGAUUUUCACAAUGAAAUAUCUUUAUUGAUUGGUUUGAACCCUCGACCUCAGGCACCAUAAAACCCUAAGUUAUGCCAAGUGGUUUGCUUGCUGGACACAAUCACAGCCUUCCCAGCAGUCCACUUGUUUGUGUUUGUCAUGCUGUGUUAAUUAUGUCCACAUAAUUUUUUUUUUCUUCUUAUUUUUGGUAGUACAUAUCUAACCAUGACUUGUGCACAUACAAAUACCACACAUUUGGCAAUUAUUUGACAUUGGAGAGCCGCAGUCAGCAACUGCAUUUGAUAAAAUUAGGUCUAACGGCUGCAAUUUGCCGAAAAGUAUCUUAUGUGUGUUGGUCCUAUCUUGUGUACUAAGACUUUGUCUAGGGUUGGACCAGCCAACUAGCCAAGCAAGGAUCCUACAAGCCCCUAGCUCUGUUAAGUGUUAAUACUGGUUAAGGUCAUGACCAAAUAUUAGUUUAUUUUAGUUAGGUGUCUGCCUUUAGGGAGAGGACCCAAGUGCAGCCUCAUCAUCAUUAUCAAUUUAUCAUUUCUUAGCUUAUUUUUUAAUAGAAUACAUUUGGGUAAUGCCAGAGUGUUUGACUGACUAUCCUGCUAGGAUUGGCAAUAUUUAUUUUAUGUGAUAUUGAAGUGGAAUCAAAUAUGCAAUAUUCCUUUCUUGGUAGGAGGAGCCCUUCUUUAGCCUUGUUAGUGUUGAGUAGAAUGCCAACCAUUUGAUUAUAGCCUAAUUCGUUAUCUCUCUAGAUUAGGAUCUGUGAUGCCCGAUGUUGAAAGUUUGAACCAACCAAUUGAAAUAUUUACUUGUGGAAUUUUAGUUCUGUUCGCUUGUCCAAGUUCCGGACCCCCUACCCAUAUGGACUCGGCUCAAUCUUAAGUUUAUGCCCAAUCAACUGUCUGAAUGCAUGUUGAAUUCCUAAGUAGUAUCGCCACAUAUCGUAUAGGGGUAAGCUGCACACAUUCUGUCUGUCUCCAACUCUGUAGGAGUUUUGUAUACAAGAAUUGUCUAAAAAAAGCAUCAUUCCAUCACUCUGCAAACAAAGGACAAUCACAAACGCAGACAUCAAGAAUCAGAAAAUAUAAAACAUAUAUCAUAGUGAAGCAUGCUCCUGUCCCCUACAUCAUCCACAUAGAAAGGUAACAACGUAGUAACAAAUCAAUUACACCAUGACUUGCAAUGUUUACUUCACUUUAGUAUAUUUUUUCACAGCAGUUACAGGCGAUGUUCCUUUCCUAGAAAGUUGUCUAGAAACCAUGUCUGUCAUCAGCAAAUUCUAACCUCCCUUCUUCACAAAGAUCAAUAUCAAAACAUAUGCUUGAUUUAACAGGCUCCAUUAGCUUUACUUUUGGACCCAUUAAAAAAAAUCUUGCCAUCUUUUCAAGUUGUGAUCCAUCAGUGGAUACCAUCCGCAGAAGCAGACACAGAGAGGGAAUAAACAAGGGAGGGAUAGACAGAGGUCUCUGUUUCAUUGGAGAGGAAAUGAGACAGAAAGUGAGGUAAACAGAAAGAAAUUUUUUAAAUUGCGGAUUUUUUUUACCCCUUUGUCACCCUUUUCUUCCCUCUGACCAAAACUAAACGUGUCACUUGUCGACAGAACUUGUAAAAAUCACUAACUUCAAACUUCUCAAACAAGCCUUCACUUUUAAAACAUUGACCAUGUAAAUGGGCUUUUUUUUUCUCUUGGAUUCCCAACACUUUCCCUCUUCACACUAGGUUUUCUACUUUUUCGCCGGAAACUGGACAAAAACUUCGUUCAAAGUUUUUUGGCCUUCUUCUUUCAUGAGAGAGACUGGUCAUUCCAUCGCCAUCAUGCGUUCACAUCCAAUCUUUCCCUUAGAAUCAGAGAGCCAAGAGUUGGCUAUCUUCUUGUUCAGGAGCAGAAAACAACACCGACCAAAAUAUCAUUGUGGUUGUUUGAAUAUUGAAAAGUCAUUGAAGGUCAAAGCAAGAUGUCAAGUCUUCUCACUGAUGGUCAAUAAGGAGGAUUGAGAGUUGUUUAUCUGGAGUCUUUGACAGAUCAGUCAAGAUACGAAUUUCACUACUUUUUUCCUCUCUCGAGCUGUUUCGAUGAGGCUUCGUACUCAAAUUUCCAAGUCAACUGUUGAUCAAUGAGAAACUAAAUAUAUAGUGAAGGUAGAAGAAUGUGGUCAGAACAUUGCACUCUUCUCUUAAACUCUAUUUAGCAAGAGAAGUAAAGCUUGGUAUUCCUGUUGUUUUCUUGUUGUUGAAUUGAGAAUCUUCAGAUGGCUGGGGCUCUUUUCUUCGUCUUCCUUGCACUCUCUCGUCUCAUGCUCCUUCCAGCUGAUGAUGGUAGUAGAAACCAGACUCAUAAAGAUUGCCCUUCCUUCAACUGUGGAAAUUUUGGGGACAUAAGAUUCCCCUUCACUGAGCAGGACCGACCGGAGUGUGGAUUAUGCAUCGUAUACGGUUGUGAUUCAGAUUCUCAAAAGAUCCAACUGGAGAGAAACGGAUCGCUAUAUCUAUUAGAAAAUAUUUCUCAGGCUCUUAAUAUUACAAUCAAGGAUGAAAGGCUUGAGAAAUUCUUGACCUUGCAGGACCGGCACUGUGAGAACUUGAACAAUCUGGUUUUUCGCAAUUCUUCUUCUAUAUCUUUCAGUUUAACUCCCAAGCUAGACCUCUUCAACUGCAAUUCUAGUGUAAGUGAUACCCUCCAUAUGGAUUUUAACUAUACAGGCUGCCAUGACUAUAUCUACUACAACAGCAUCAAUCACAGUUUGCCCACCAUUCCUCCUCAGUGUUCACUCGUUUCGCUUCCUGCAAAACCAAGUCAAAAUUUCGGUGAUAUAUUUUCAGUCUUAACUGCUACAUUCCAUCUUAAACUACAUGUAUCACCUGCUUGCUAUAGCUGUUAUUAUCGAGGUCGAGGAGGUGAAUGUCAGAUAAACAGCAAAGGAGAAUGUCCCAAUAGAAGAGUCAGCGUUAGAAGAGAUAGAAAAUUGAAGUUGGAGCUAGGACUUGGUGUAGGAAUUGGAGGGUUAGCCAUACUGAUGGCCAUAAUUUCAACCUAUGUAUUCCGACGUCGACACUACGAAAGAGAAUGCAUUUCCAGACACUCAAAUCAGGCUUCUUCUGACCCUUCCUCAAAAUCAGACCUCGAAGGAGGCACUCUAUGCUUUGGGGUCCCCAUUUUCUCUUACAGUGAACUUGAAGAAGCCACAAAUCAUUUUGAUCCUGAAAAAGAACUUGGUGAUGGAGGUUUUGGGACUGUGUACUAUGGCAAACUUCGAGAUGGGCGGGAAGUUGCAGUCAAGCGGCUAUACGAGCACAAUUACAGAAAGGUUAAGAUAUUCAUGAACGAAGUUGAAAUCCUAACAAGACUGCGCCACCACAAUCUGGUCACCCUUUAUGGUUGUACUUCACGACGCAGCCGUGAGCUUCUCCUUGUGUAUGAGUAUAUUUCUAAAGGCACUGUUGCUGAUCAUCUCCAUGGUGAUCGAGCUACUCCCGGUUCACUCCCAUGGGCCAUUCGCUUGAGCAUUGCCAUAGAAACCUCUAGCGCCCUGGCUUACCUCCAUGCUUCAGGCAUCGUGCAUCGUGAUGUCAAGACUACAAAUAUUCUCCUUGACGACAACUUUUGUGUCAAAGUUGCAGACUUUGGGCUUUCCAGGUUGUUCCCAAUUGAUGUUACUCAUGUCUCAACGGCUCCACAGGGAACACCAGGCUAUGUUGAUCCGGAGUAUCACAAAUGCUACCAGCUCACUGAGAAGAGCGAUGUGUAUAGCUUCGGAGUUGUUCUCAUUGAGCUAAUAUCAUCAAUGCCUGCUGUUGAUAUAAGUAGGGAUCGAGACGAGAUUAAUCUGGCUAACUUAGCUAUCAACCGGAUUGAAAAAUGUGCAUUUGAUCAGUUGAUAGAUAAUUGUCUCGAGUAUAAAUCAGAUGAAGAAGUUAGAAAGAUGAUAACUGAUGUAGCGAAGCUGGCUUUUCGAUGUUUGCAACAUGACACGGAUAUGAGACCCUCCAUGCAGGAGGUUUUGAAGGAGCUAAAGAUGAUUCAAAGUGGAGAGUCAGAGUCAGAGAAUGCAGAGGGACUGCACGAUAAUCAUCAAGUGUUGGAGAGUGACCGGCCCCUGCCUUCACCCUCCGAAUGUGAUGGGCUGGUACUUUUGAAGAAUAUCCGGCCACCAGCUUCACCCAUCUCUGUGACAGAGAAGUGGGCUAGUGUGCAUACACCACCUACUUCCAUUUCAUAGAGUGUAUCCUUCCAUUUUGCCAAAUAGAAGGCGAGAAUGUGUCGUAAGAUUCAUUAGUAGACCAAAUAAAUGCACACAUUUAUUGGUUAUUCUGAUAUUCUCGAAGGUUAAAGGGGAUGUAAAUAGUAAAAUGAGCAGUAAUCAUAUAUAUCAAAAAUACAGAUUAGAUCCUGGACACAUUAGUGAAGGAUCUAACCCUUUCUCUAUC